CUGUCACUUGACAUGCGCAGAUCAGCAGGAAGAAAGGCAGCAGCGAUAACCAGCGGCGUAAAACUGUAAACAUUAGCAACCCAGCCGACCUGUCUCUCCGGCUGGGAUGGAAAUAUAAGGUUACCUUGAAGGUGUGGGACCAAACAUUGUUCUUCAGUGCAUGGACUCAAAGCCAAUGCGCAGGACCACCAGCGCACGUCAAGACGCCACUGGAAUGGACAUCACCAGCCGCUGUACUCUGGGGGACCCCAACAAGCUCCCUGAAGGGGUCCCCCAGCCUGCACGCAUGCCCUACGUCUCGGACAAACACCCACGGCAGACCCUGGAGGUGAUCAACCUCUUAAGAAAACACCGGGAGCUCUGUGACGUGGUGCUGGUGGUGGGCGCCAAGAAGAUUUAUGCUCAUCGUGUGAUCCUGUCUGCCUGUAGCCCCUAUUUCAGGGCUAUGUUUACUGGAGAGCUGGCAGAGAGCAGACAGACUGAAGUGGUCAUUCGCGACAUCGAUGAGAGGGCCAUGGAGCUGCUCAUUGACUUCGCCUACACCUCACAGGUGACUGUGGAGGAGGGGAACGUCCAGACCCUGCUACCUGCAGCUUGUCUUCUCCAGCUGGCUGAGAUCCAGGAGGCCUGCUGUGAGUUCCUCAAGAGGCAGCUGGAUCCGUCCAACUGUCUGGGCAUCAGGGCCUUCGCCGACACACACUCCUGCCGCGAGCUGCUCCGCAUCGCAGACAAGUUCACCCAACACAAUUUCCAAGAGGUAAUGGAAAGUGAGGAGUUCAUGCUGCUGCCUGCCAACCAGCUGAUUGACAUCAUCUCCAGCGAUGAGCUGAACGUGCGGAGCGAGGAGCAGGUUUUCAACGCUGUGAUGGCCUGGGUGAAAUACAGCAUCCAGGAACGCAGACCUCAGCUACCCCAGGUUUUGCAACAUGUCCGCCUGCCGCUGCUCAGCCCCAAGUUCUUAGUCGGUACUGUGGGUUCAGAUCCUCUCAUCAAGAGUGACGAGGAGUGCAGAGACCUAGUGGAUGAGGCUAAGAAUUACCUGCUGCUGCCCCAGGAGAGGCCGCUGAUGCAGGGACCCAGAACCCGACCGAGGAAACCUAUUCGAUGUGGAGAGGUUCUUUUUGCUGUUGGUGGUUGGUGCAGCGGAGAUGCUAUUUCCAGUGUGGAGCGCUACGAUCCACAGACCAACGAGUGGAGGAUGGUUGCAUCGAUGAGUAAGCGGCGAUGUGGAGUCGGUGUCAGCGUCCUGGAUGACUUGCUGUAUGCGGUGGGAGGACACGACGGCUCGUCAUAUCUCAACUCUGUGGAGAGAUAUGAUCCCAAGACCAACCAGUGGAGCAGUGACGUGGCCCCAACUAGCACAUGUCGUACCAGUGUGGGUGUCGCUGUGCUUGGUGGAUAUCUGUAUGCUGUGGGAGGACAGGAUGGGGUUUCCUGUCUCAACAUUGUAGAGAGGUAUGAUCCUAAGGAGAACAAAUGGACUCGUGUGGCCUCAAUGAGCACCAGGCGACUCGGUGUAGCUGUGGCCGUGCUGGGAGGAUUCCUGUACGCUGUCGGAGGGUCUGAUGGGACGUCACCAUUAAACACAGUGGAACGCUACAAUCCUCAAGAAAACCGCUGGCACACUGUGUCGCCUAUGGGAACCAGGAGGAAGCACCUCGGCUGUGCGGUCUACCAGGACAUGAUUUACUCUGUCGGAGGGCGAGACGACACCACGGAGCUGAGCAGCGCCGAGCGAUACAACCCCAGGACCAACCAGUGGUCUCCUGUAGUGGCCAUGACGUCCAGACGGAGCGGGGUGGGCUUGGCAGUGGUUAAUGGUCAGUUGAUGGCAGUAGGAGGCUUUGAUGGAACGACGUAUCUCAAAACUAUAGAAGUCUACGACCCUGACGCCAACACAUGGAGGUUGUACGGAGGAAUGAACUACCGCCGGCUAGGUGGAGGGGUGGGCGUCAUCAAAAUGACUCACUGUGAAUCCCACAUAUGGUAACGCUGUCCUCCCCCCUCCUCCCUCUCACACACCUUCACUUCUCAUCACGUCGCCAUGGAUGCUUCUUUUUGCCGACUCUCGUGCCUCCAGUAGAGACGCUGUGAGAGAACCGGUGAGGAGGGCGGAGUCGGGGUUUCGGGAGGCGAGACGGAAAAGAGGGACAAACUUUUGAACUCUAGUUCAUCUCCAACCCCCCCUCACUACAAGGUCAUUAACUUUAAAAACACCCUGGCUGUCUUCGCUGACGGACCGCGGUCACCAUGAAGUGCACUGAGAGCAGAAGUCUACCUUUAAUGCUUCCAGUUCAGAGAGGUCUUAGAUCUCCAUGUGUGACGGGAGCUCACUUUGACUGAGACUGCUGCUGGGGAAGUGGGGGGGAUGAGCUCAUGUCUGAGGUUUCUAGGGGGGAAUUUAAAAGCAUUGGGUCACUGAAGGAGGCCCGUGAAAGCCUUAAUUUGGCUUUAACCCCCAAAUUCUGGCCACUGACCACCAGUGACUUUGAAGGAAGCAGCCAGCAGACCAGCAAACCUUCUCCUCAUUGUGUGGGACUGAUUAUUUCCUGGAGACGCUGCAUACUGACUGUCAGAGGUAAAUCCACGCUCUCUCAUUCUGUUCGCUUUUGGGUUUGAAUCAUACUGUACAUCUCAAGUAGCAUUAAACAGUAAAAAAGCUGGAUGUCCAGAGAGGAAAACACUGAGGUGUCUCACUAAAAAUGGCCUCCAGAGAAGUGCAGGAGAAGGAUGUAAUAAACUUCAUCCAACAGGGGGGACUUUAAAAUUCGGGGUCGACAGAUGUGGUUUUUCAGAGCUGAUUAGUAGUAAUCAAAGAGACAGACAACGGAUAUUUGGGAACGAUAUCUGGAGCAAAAAUGAAAAUCUUGGUGUCAAAAUGCCAAACUUACACAGAAAACUUCAGUAAAAAUCCUUUAUUUAUUUAUGUUUUGCAUAAGGUAUGUUUAAGUAAGCUAAACUUUCCAACAUUUAUCCUUCAGAGCACCAAUAGAGCAAAGACGGCUCCAUCAGAGCCAAAAUAGUGCAUUUUAAAAUAUAAUUAUUUACCAGGAUUCUGUUUAAAAAUAUAAAAUGAUACCAAUAAUUGGGACAGUCGGUCGACCCCUAAUUCUAAUCAGGAGUUUCUUUUUUUCUUUCUUUUUUUUUUUUUUUUGCUGACUUCUGUGAUAAAUCUUCAAGGUCUCAACGUGCUUCAAACAACAAUCACCUGUGAAUGUCAACACUCAUAAUGCAUUUAAGAGUAACUUGGCCAACUUUAACUGGCAAGUGACACAUUUCUAAGAGCUUUAAAGGUUAAUUCUUGCAGUUUUUUUGUGUUUUUGUUAUUGUCAACAAUUCUAACAAAAAAGACCAAAACCGGCAAAUGUUGCUCAAAAAUGAAAAAGUGGUGAGUUUGGUGUUUUGUUUGUCUGUUUUCAGCAGCACAUUAGUACACAUUUGGGACUCUGGUGAGUAAUUUAGGGCAGCAUGAAGGUGUACGUGGCUCUGAGUCAGAAUGAAAAGAGGAAAAUACAGAGGAACACAGUGUAACGGCGUGGGUUACUGAUGUGUUUUUAGACAAUAAUGGAACAGAGAAAUAAGAGAUUCGAGGAUUUGGAUACACACUCAAAUCAAUUUAAUGUUUGUUUUGGUCUUUUUUGUGGAAUUUGUUUACAUCAGAGUUCCCCUUGAAAGCUAAUUUUCCUCAUUUCAAAGUAGCCGCAUCACAAACUCGCUGGUUUUAAACUAAAUUCCAUUAAAAGUGGCGAAAUUGUCAGUCGUAAAAUCACUUUCUAACACUGAAACCAGCAACCUAUUGUGGACACGGCUGAUUUUAGUGUCUGUCUCACUGUAAUAAAGGUAGAAAAGAAAUCUAGAAAUGCCUGAAGAGAAGUGCUGAAGUUCAGCGUAAAAUUAAAAACAUCCCGCACUUACUCUGGUGCCAUUUUUCAGGCUUCUGUUUGAUCCUCUGGGUGACAGAUUUACCACGAUGUAGGCGACACCACAGCUCACUUAUAGACUACAUUCUAUAGCUAAAACCGCUACUUUUUUACAGCACUGAUCACAAAAAUCCGACAUGUUACUGAACUGGAUGCCUCUUACUUUGAAAUCUGUGCUGAAAAUUGUGAGUUUCCUGUUAAAAAUGUCGUUAAAAAGAUGGCCCACGUGAAUAUAACUCUCAGUGCAUUAAUGAAGUAACAGUUAUAGUCAGUAUUUGUUCACACAGGUCUAUUUUGCUCUGCUUUCUCCUUGUGUUGGUUCAGUCGUCACACAGUGUAACGGCGUAUUUACGGCUAAUAAACGGUCCCUGGUUGUACAGCUGAUCUCAAUGUGAAACACACAGUUUGAGUAGAUGUUUGGAUGAAUCGUCUCAGAAUUUAUUGCACUGUGAUUGGAAAUGUAUUUUAGAUUUUAUCUUUUCUUGUUGUUUUUGUUUCUUAAUUAUAUUUUAUAUGGGUGUUUCCAGAUAUAUGGGGAGGGGAAAUCAUCAGCCGGGGAAUCAAAACAUUUCAGACGUGGAUUUCACACGCAACACUACAUGUUCACACUCGCUUUUACACACAGUCGAUCACAGCUCUGCACUUUAAACUGUGUGCGACAAACAGGAGGACACGGGGGAAGAUGUUGUGCUUUAGUUUUGCCACACAUUCGAGAGCAAGCAGCCUGAAUGUCAGCGUUUAUGUUCGAUAAUGUGGCAGAUUUAGAUUCGGUUGGGGUUUAGUCGUCUGUGCUAGUCAGGGGGGAGGGGGGUGGAGGAGAGGUUAUGGAUCGUGUAGUUACUGUAUGCAGAUCUUCACGUUUAAAGACGAAUGUUUGUGCUUCGGGACGCUCACUUGACCUGUUGAAUCUGAACAUUUCAUGCAACUUUUAAACGAAAACGUUGAGGAAAGGCCCUGCAGCUUGUGUUACAAACUGUACCGGUUGUGUCUCAGUUUCUGAACAAAAACCGUUUGCCUGCUUUUUAAAAAAAAAAAAUCUCUUAAGCAUAUGUUUGCUGUUUUUUUUUUUUUAUUUUUCACUGCCACAGAAGGAAAUCCCACUCAGUUGAAGAGCCCAUGUAUGUUAUUACUUUGGUCUUAGGCAGCCUGAUUACUGUCUAGGACAGGAGUGUCAAACUCGUCUUAGUUUAGGUUCCACAUUCAGCCCAAUUUGAUCUCAAGUGACCAGUAUAAUCACAGCAUAAUAACCUAGAAAAAAAAAAAACACAACUCCAAAUAUUUCUUGUUUUAGUGCAACAAAAGUACAUUCUGAAAAUGUUUACAUUUAAUGAAUUAUCUUUUUACAAAACAUGAACAGCCUGAAAUUUCUGAAGAAAAAUAAGUUCAAUUUCAGCAACAUUAUGCCUCAGUUUAUCAUUUCCACAUUACAACUUCCAGAUCACAGAGUGUGCAGGAAGGAGCAAAACAUUUUGUCACAGAUAUCUGGAACUGAAUGAGUGACUAACUGAAUGAAAAUAUUUUACUUUAUGAUCAAAACGACAAAAAUCAGACAAAAAAAGACACAAAACAACAAAAACAAGACAAAAUAUUACAAAAAAUAGAUGCAAAACAACACGAAACAAAACAAAAAAUUACACAAAAAAGUUACAGUGACAAAAAAGUGGACAAAGGACAAAAAUGAGACAAAAAAUGACAUAGACACAAACAAGACCAAAAAUAAAAAAAAGAGAAACAAAACAACAAAAAAACUCCACAAAACAACGAAUAAAGCAAAACACAAAAUGACAAAAAUAAGAUUAAAGAAAACAAGGGAGACAAAAAAAACACAAAACGACAAAAGACAACAGAAGUCAGACAAAAAACAAAAAUGUAGUAUUUUACUUUUUAAAUUAUUUUAAUUUUAUAAUUUUACAAAUUUACAAUCUGCAGUUAAUGUCCUUUCUGUAAUUUUUACACUUUACAAAGUCAUCCCGCGGGCCGGAUUGGACCCUCUGGAGGGCCAGUUUUGGCCCACGGGCCACAUGUUUGACACCCCUGAUCUAGGACAUUGAUCACUGGCUUAUAGUCCACCUUCUUUCCAGCUGUAAGGGCACAGUUUUCAGUUUUCAUGUUAUGCAAUGAGUUUCAAAUCCUUUUUUUUUGGUAAAGUCUUUACUCCAUUUCUUAUUGAUGAUGUAAAGGCUUUAAAAGUAUGGGAGGCAGGUCAACCUAAUAUUUGAAUUGUUUGAAAUUAGUCAAAAAGACAUAAACAUAAAGGAAUUUUCUUCUUUAACAGGCCUUCAGCCAAUGAUUGUUUUCGUUGUCAGUCUGUUGAGCAUCUCUUCGAUCAAUCGAUUAGUUGUUUGGUCUGUAGUUUGUCAGAAAAUGCUGAAAAAUGUUAUCAGUGGUUCCCAAAGACCACAACAAUGUCCUUAAAUGUUUUGUGUUGUCAACAUAACACAACAUAUUCAGUUCAUUGUCACAAAUUUAAGAAGCUGGAAUUAGAGAAAUUUGACUUUUUCUCCCCUGUAAUUACUCUACUAAUAAGUUUACUGUCAUGGAGGAGUGAAGAAACCAGCAAAUAUUCAAAUUUAAGAAGCUAAAAACAGAGAAAUUUGACUUUUUUCCUUUAGUUACCAAUUGGUUUACAGUCAUGGAGGAGUAAAGAAACCAGCAAAUAUUCAAAUUUAAGAAGCUAGAAUCAGAUAAUUUGGACUUUAUUUUGUCUUUAAAGGUUAUUCCAACAAUAUAAUCGAUGUUUGAUGUUUUUGAUUAAGUGAUUAAUCAUUGCAUCUCUGUUCCUCUUAUUUCCUGACAGCUGACGUAGUGCUAACUAUACUGUUACAGACCAAAGUAGUACAGCUACAUUUGGCUUCCAGACUGAGUGGAGUUUCUCUUUAAUCAUGCAAGUUACUAAUGAUGCAUUGUGAUUGUCAGCCAGCCUUCAGUCAGCAGCCUUCCUUCAGAUGUCUGGUUCUGAGUAGCAGCUUGUCUGUUCAAACAUGGCUGUACUCGCAGGUGUUUGUUUUCAUGUAUCAGAGCAUCUCUCAGCUGCUCUGGAUUCACCAUGUUACACUAUGACAAGGAUUAAAGUUUUUCCCUGGGAAAUUAAA